UUCAGCCGCACGGUUUCUUUAAUAUUUUGAAUAAUUAUGUUUCGCGGAUAGAUAUUAGUAUUUGACAGUUAAUUUGUAACGUAUGAGUAGGGGCGUUGCUCAUAAGCUCAUAUAGCAUCAUUUAAGUUACAGAUGUUGAAGAAAAGGACGGAGCACGGGAUAAUAUAGGUGGUCUGAAAAUACUGUUUGAAAUUUUAGUUUUCUUUCAGUGUUAACGUAGAGAGCACAUGUUUAAAAGAUGAGAUAGAAUCAAGGAGUUAAGUGGAUAGUGUUGCGAAGUUUUUUUGUGAUCGGAAAUCGAGUCGUUUGUGGAUUGUAUAAAUCGAUCGUGGAAAGGGUGAAGAUAAAAGUUUAAAAUUAACAGUGAUUUUGUCCCGAAAUGAACUAUUACUCGAACUUAUUCGACCCACACGAUACGCGUCAAAAUUAUUGUCAACAGAGGAACAAGUAUCCCGAUGUCAAAGCCUACGAAAAGAUAUUACCUAGAAACCAAGUGUUUCCCGAUGUAGCGCGUACAAGGACUAAAGAUGUAUUAGGUAGAAUGAGAAAAACGUUGCAGGAGGAUUUGUUCUAUAAAAAUUUGGAGAAACAGGAUAAAUCGCCGAUGUCUGAUAGAUCGUCGAAUUGCAGUAGAUCGGGAGAUGACUCGAAAGCCAUGAGGAUAGACACGGGUUACGUGAGUGCGGAGAGUUCGAUAGAGAGCGAAGAGGAGAAAGAAGCGACGCAUCACAUUCUGGAACCGCAGGGAGCGCAUACAGGAUGUUCGAUAAAUGGACCGAGGAAGUGCCUGGCGUGGGCUUGCAAGGCCUGCAAAAAGAAAACGGUCGCAAUUGACCGAAGGAAAGCGGCCACUUUGAGAGAAAGGCGACGGCUCAGGAAGGUCAACGAAGCUUUUGAAAUGUUAAAGAAAAGAACGUGCAACAAUCCAGGCCAAAGAUUACCCAAAGUCGAAAUAUUAAGAAGCGCCAUAGAAUAUAUAGAAUACUUAGAAGAAAUUUUACAGGGAUCCAACAAAUCAUCUGCGGAUACCAACACUAGCAUAGUUCCUAAAACAGAAUACAUGAAUAGCGUGUCAAACCAAUUCAUCUGUGAAAGGCUACAACAAUUUAGUGAACCUUUACAAAGAUUUCAUUCAACAAAUGGUUGUGAGAUAGCAAGUAGUAAUUCAAGUCUAGAUUGCCUGAACCUCAUCGUACAAAGUAUAUCGAACAAAAAUAAGAAAGAUAGUACUGAACACGUUACAUAAUAUCCUCUGAUAUCUACAUCUACACAGAAAAUAUUUUGAUAAAAUAAAUAAUUAUUAUAAUAGCUUUGUUAUGUUAAUAAAUAUAAAUUUGACUACCACAAA